AUGAAAAAUAAGUUAUUUGUGACACUCUACAAUAUUUCAUACAUUUUUGAAAAAAUUCAAAAAAAAUUUUUGGAUCAAAUUUUCUCAUGGGGUAAUUGUGGUUCAAUCAAAAAGCAAAAAAGUAAUAGGCGAACGCGUUCACCACUCGACCACCGAAGCGAUGAUUUCGCCCUUCCACCAUUGCAUACUACAUUUUCAGAUGAAAAUUUCCAGACUCACAGAGGUCUUCCGCCGAAACAAAUUACAGAUUCUGAAAGCCUAAGAUGCCAGCUAUCGCAUAACACGUUUACUUUUACCCGAUCGCACCGUAUGGUUGAAUAA